CGGCCAUGUUGGAAACGUUUGCCAUUUUCGUUCUGCAGUUGUGGAAUCUCGGGUAUUUAGCGAGUCUAAAGUCGCUAAUUUGUUAGUUCGUUCAUUUAUUUUUGUUUUAUCAUUGACCACUUACUUCUUCAAUGGAAGUCAGUGGGUUGUUAUGAAGUUCCGUCUGCAGUAUGGCAGGAGAGCAUCUCAUGUGUUCAGAAGAGAACUGACAUCGAGGGAAUCAACUGUAAUGCCGACUGAAUCGUGCUCUCAGGAUGGCACUGGGUUGUCAUUCACUUUGCAGCCUGAGCUCGUGACGAGUUCAGAAACCUCCAACGCUGUGGAGAACGCUGACGGCAGACUCUCUAUUUGCAGCUCGUUAACAGGAGAAGAAAACGGCACUCGUUCAGCUUCCCGCAGGCUUAGACCUGCAGGCCUCAGCCACUCACACUCACACAGCCGUAGCCGCUCUCGCAUGCAUGCUGAGGCUGCCUGCUCACACACCGAUCUGGAAGCCGGUGAAUCCAGUACUUCAAUCUCAGAGUUGCGCUUCCUCUUUUGUUGGGUUCAGAAAAGUCUCCCUUUCAUAAUUAUCCUUUGUUCAAAACUAAUUUCACAGCAUGCCUUGGGUUUGGCGGUUGGAGUCGGUCUUUUUACAACCUUUCUACAUGUAAAUAAAAAUAUCCAAGCACAAGUUGUUCUCCAGAACCGUCGGUCAAAACUGCAGUGUUUCUGGCAUUUGUCCUUCCUGAUGGCCUCCUCCCUACUUUUAUAUUACACAUUUCAGAUGGAUUCACUUUAUUACUGCCUCAUCCUUAUCAAUCCCCAAGUUGAGCCUAUGGAUAUCUGGGAAGUUUUAUGGACUGUGGGAGUGACCAGUUUUAUUGUGAAGUUCCUCUUUAUGGGAUUAAAGUGCCUUAUUCUUCUUCUCCCUACCUGUGUCAUGGUGUACAGGAGACGAGGUCAGUGUUACAUGUUCAUAGAAGAACUUGGGCAGUUUUAUCAAUUAAUCACUCCUGUGCCUCCUUGGUUCCACUACCUGCUUACAUCCAAAAUGGUUGAUGGCUCUGUGGGAGUUACCAUGGACAUUCUCUUAGCCUUGCUUUACAUCAUUCUGAAGCUUUUAGAACUUUACAGUCAGUGGGGAUCCCUGCAGAACACAGUACAGAACUUUCUCACUUAUGAGGUGAACGGGGCUCCUGCAACUCAGUCCCAGUGCUGUAGUGCUGGGGAUCUUUGCCUUAUCUGUCAGUCCAAGUUUAAGCAACCUCGGGUUCUGUUGUGCCAGCAUAUCUUCUGCGAGGAGUGCAUAGUGCCAUGGUUCAAUCAGGAAAAGACCUGCCCUCUCUGCCGUACCAUCAUAACAGAUAGGGUACACAAAUGGAAAAGUGGUGCAACCUCAGCUUAUUUACAAAUGUACUAAUAGAGGUCAUAUCUAAAUAUCUAAGAAUGAUAACUCAACCAAAAAAUACACUAAGGAGAGAUGAGUAAAAAACAUGUAAGAAUAAAUGUACAUUCAUAACAAGGGGAAUGUGCCUUAACCAGUUUUUUCCUCAGGUUUUAUGCACAGUGGGCCUCGUUUUAUCAAGCUGGGUAUGAACAUAUAUGCAUAAAUAAUUUUGUAUGAGCAUUUGUAUAAAAAUGUGGUAUUUAUGAAUCUCAUGAAUGUCAUAUUGAACUCCUGCUCCUAAAUCACUUAUUUCACACAAAACACAGCAACAGCAUUUAGUCAGUGUUACACAGCUUUGUCUCAGAUUAGCCUCCCCUUUUAGCAGGGGUACUAUUAUAAAUUACAAAACUUGUACAUCCGGUAUAAAUUUUUAGAUCAAUUUGGCUUACACAAGCAUUUAUACACAACUUUAUUUAAAUAUUGCUGAGGCCCACUAUUAUGAAACACAUUUUGGAUGAACUGGUGAGCGCAUUGUGAUGGUAGGUAUACAUGUGCUGUUUGCAUUAUGUUUCAAUCUUUUAUAUGUAUGACAUUUUUUUGCUUUACACUGAUUUGAGUAAUACUAGAGAACACGCAUUUAUUCUAAAAGACAAGAAAUAGAUAAAUAAAAAUAAAAGUUAUUGAUUACAGCAUAAUUGUAGAAUUGUAGCAUGCUGCAGUACCCCUCUGAUAGUCAUUUAUUAACAGCCAUUUUAAAGCUAUUUGGGGUUUGCUCUUUUUGUUUUUAAAUUGAGGAUGAUGUCAUUCCAGUGAUUCCUUUUUUAUGGAAUAUUUGUCAGGUUUUGCAAAAAUAUUUUUUGAUGAGAAACUGGAACCUUUAUGUAUUUCAGUAACAGUAGUUAAAUCUUUGAAAUAUUUAUAAAUAAUAUACUGGGAUAUGACCAUCAGCAGUGCUACAGUAACAAUUGUUUGUUGUAUUUUUUUCUGUCUUCAUUUGUCUGAUGUACAAAAUAAAAUGUUUGAUUCAC